GCGUUGUUUACGUACGUGGGUUGUAGGUUAGGUUUUCCAGUGAAUUGAAAAUCGCAACAGCAGGUUAUUGAAUUCUUUCCUCUAUAUUUUAUCACAACUAGAUGGCAGAUAUGUCAGGUCAGGCCUCAGGAGAAGAUCAUAAGUUAAGACCAUUCUACUGUGAAUUAAACGUACUUAGUAGACCAGAUGGAAGUGCCAUUGUUACUCAAGGUGAAACUGCCGCUAUCGCUGGAGUUUAUGGACCCAUUGAAGUGAAGCCAAAUAAAAUACACAUUGAAAAAGCCACCGUUGAGGGGAUAUAUCGCCCUAAAAGUGGAUUACCGUGUGUAUCUGACCGUCUAUGUGAGACAACAUUGCAAAAUACUUUUGAAGCUGCGGUCCUAACAUCACAGUACCCCCGAACUCUUAUCUCCAUAUCAGUGCAGGAAAUGCAGGAUUCUGGAGGAUUACUUGCUUGUGCUAUAAAUGCAGGGUGUUUAGCACUAAUGAAUUCAGGAUUGUCAAUGAAGUUUCUUGUUGCUGCAGUACAUUGCAUGAUCAAUAAAACUGGUGAAGUUAUAUUAGAUCCAGACAACAAACAGUUAAAGGACUCUUGUGCCAGUUUAAUGUUUGCAUUUGAUAAUGUGGAUAAAAAUAUAGUGUCCUCAAGCACACAUGGAAGAUUUACUGAGGCUCAGUAUCAGGAAGCCCUUCUAAGAUGUAGAACAGCUUCAACUGAAAUUUUUCAACUUUAUCGUGACAUGGUUAAAAAAUAUGCUCCUACUAUGGGAUAAAUUAUGCAAACAGACUGGAAUGUUAAUUUUUGAUCCAUUUGGUAACCAAUUGUAAAAUGUUUCAGAUGACUUGAUCUUGAAAUAUAAAUUUUUAUUGAACCACA